GUUCCGCCCGACUGCCCCGCCUGGGAGUGGGGUGGGGGCAGGAGGCGAAGGGGAGGGCUAGGGGUGGGAAAGGGGCGAGCCCCUCUCGCCCAGGAGCCGGCAGAGCCGCGGCAGCGCUGGGGAGCCCGCAAGGCGAGGCAGUGCCAUGCUGCCUUUGUGCAAAGUUGGGCGGCGGGCUGUGCGCCGCGCGCAGGGGCCCCGCACACCCGCGACCGCGCGCAGUGGUGGCUGCUGCUGAGUGGCGGGGGCCUCCCUGCUCCCCCCAGCCCUUGAAGGCGGAGAGAGCUCGCGUCUCACUCGGCUUCAGGGUAAGUCUACCUGUGAGCAAGGUGUUCUGUUCUUCACUUCCAGCAAGCCAGAGUUUUAUAAAUGGAAGCUGACAUGGACUACGAAAGGCCCAACGUUGAAACCAUCAAGUGUGUGGUCGUGGGCGACAACGCUGUGGGGAAGACACGCCUGAUCUGUGCCAGAGCGUGUAAUACCACGCUAACGCAGUAUCAGCUGCUGGCCACCCACGUUCCGACCGUGUGGGCGAUUGACCAGUACCGGGUUUGCCAGGAGGUCUUGGAGCGUUCCCGGGAUGUUGUUGAUGAAGUGAGUGUUUCUCUCAGGCUUUGGGAUACCUUUGGCGAUCAUCACAAUGACAGGCGUUUUGCAUAUGGCAGGUCCGAUGUUGCGGUUCUCUGUUUUUCGAUCGCUAAUCCCAAUUCCCUAAAUCAUGUGAAAACCAUGUGGUAUCAAGAAAUCAAGCACUUUUGCCCUCGCACACCUGUUAUUCUAGUUGGCUGCCAGCUAGAUCUCCGCUAUGCUGAUCUUGAAGCUGUUAAUCGAGCCAGACGCCCUUUAGCAAGGCCCAUAAAAAAAGAGGAUAUUUUGCCCCCAGAAAAAGGUCGAGAGGUUGCAAAGGAACUGGGCAUACCAUACUAUGAAACGAGUGUGUUUGACCAGUUUGGAAUCAAGGAUGUAUUUGACAAUGCUAUCCGAGCAGCCCUGAUUUCCCGCCGUCACUUGCAGUUCUGGAAAUCCCACUUAAAGAAAGUUCAGAAACCUUUACUUCAGGCACCAUUCCUACCUCCAAAAGCCCCUCCACCUGUCAUCAAAAUUCCUGAGUGUCCCACCACCUGGACGAAUGAAGCUGCCUGUUUACUGAACAAUCCUCUGUGUGCAGAUGUACUGUUCAUCCUUCAAGACGAGGAGCACAUCUUUGCACACCGAAUUUACCUCGCUACCUCCUCUUCCAAAUUCUAUGAUCUUUUUUUGAUGGAAUGUGAAGACUCCCCAAACUGGGGUGAAGGAGCUUGUGAGAAAGAGAAGCAGGGCAGGGAUUUCCAGCGGCGGACAUUGAGUCUUGACCCGGAUGAGGAAAGGGAGGAGGGCACCCUGAGGCCACCUCCGGCCGAUCAGUGUACGUCCUCCAGCAAGGGCCUGCUGGAGCCUCUGGGGCUGGAAGCCGAGGUCUCGGUUCCGGAGAUGCAGGCUUUGUCCGGAUGGAGUAAGGGGUUUGUUGGCAUGCACAAGGAAAUGCAAGUCAACCCCAUUUCAAAGCGGGUGGGCCCUGUGACUGUGGUCAGGAUGGACUCUUCAGUGCAGCCAGGCCCUUUCCGAACCCUGCUCCAGUUUCUUUAUACGGGGCAGCUGGAUGAAAAGGAAAAGGAUUUAGUGGGCCUGGCUCAAAUUGCGGAGGUCCUGGAGAUGUUUGACUUGAGGAUGAUGGUGGAAAACAUCAUGAACAAAGAAGCCUUCAUGAACCAGGAGAUUACAAAAGCAUUUCACGUCAGGAAAGCCAAUCGGAUAAAAGAGUGUCUCAGCAAGGGGACAUUCUCAGAGGUGACAUUUAAAUUGGAUGAUGGAGCCAUCAGUGCCCACAAGCCGCUGCUGAUCUGCAGCUGCGAGUGGAUGGCCGCCAUGUUUGGAGGGUCGUUCGUGGAAAGCGCCAAUAGCGAGGUCUAUCUCCCGAACAUAAACAAGAUGUCAAUGCAAGCGGUUUUGGAUUACCUCUAUACCAAGCAGUUGUCACCUACCUUGGACCUGGACCCCCUGGAGUUAAUUGCCUUGGCAAACAGAUUUUGCCUGCCACACUUGGUUGCACUUGCAGAGCAGCAUGCUGUGCAGGAGCUGACCAAGGCCGCGAUGAGUGGUGUGGGCAUUGAUGGGGAAGUGCUCUCUUAUUUGGAAUUAGCCCAGUUUCACAAUGCCCACCAACUGGCCGCCUGGUGUUUGCACCACAUCUGCACCAACUACAACAGUGUUUGUUCCAAGUUCCGCAAGGAAAUCAAAUCAAAAUCUCCAGAAAACCAGGAAUACUUUGAGCGACACCGCUGGCCCCCUGUGUGGUAUCUGAAGGAAGAAGACCACUACCAGCGUGUGAAAAGGGAACGAGAGAAGGAAGACAUUGCACUAAAUAAACAUCGCUCUAGACGGAAGUGGUGUUUCUGGAAUUCAUCACCAGCAGUUGCCUGAGGAGGAAGAGAGAAAAAAAAUCAGUAAUCUGAUGCACCACUUUUACAAGCACUACUGUAAAAUUAGUCUUAUUAUUAGAGAUAAGAUGUAGUUCAGGUUUCAGGCACUGAUCUUCCUCCACUUUUGUGCAUUUAUCUUUGUUAGGAUCAAAGCACAAGCUCACCACCAAUGAGCCUGGACAAAAAGGGAAGCUGACGCUCACUGCAUUCCUUAAACUAAUAGAUCUAUUUUUUUGUUAGGAGGCUUAAUAAACUUUAGUCCGUUAUUUCCUUUCUUUUUAUACAAAGAAAAAAAAAUCCAGCUUUCAUGUCUCAAAUUCCAAACUGGAAAAUAUUUUUAUAUGGUCUCUUGUAUUUUGUUGAAAUGAAAAUACUAUGUAUUACUUUAUUUUACAGGCCACAAAUUAACCAUGAAGUCGUCCUGUGAUUAAGUUGAAACUCUUAGGUCACAUGGCCACCGAGGUAUUACUACAAAUUAGAGGGUUAUCCUUUUGUUGGGAAGGGAAGGGUUGGAAUGAAAUUCCCCAAACUGCAAGUUAGAGAGUGUUUAAUCUUUGUUCUGAGAAUAACGUCAGUAUAAUUACCAAGUCAACUCCAAGAAAUGUGUAUUUACAAUAUUUGCUGUGUAAGUGCUAGUAAUUAUAUGGUUAUAUGUGCCAUGUAAAAUAUAGUGAUAUCAGAUAUUCUAUUGUUUAACAUGUCUAGAUUAAAAAGGAUAAUCUUUAUAAUCAUUAGAAGGGCUUAUUAAAUCCCAGCAUUAUCCAGGGCAAACUCACUGGUGGACCUGAAUACAAAAGAUACAAUUAAAGCAUUGGUGUUUGGAUGGCGGUAUUAGGGUAUAUGUCUUUCAGUAUUCCUUGAUCUUGCCAUGCUCUGCAUACAGAUUCUCCACCGACUUGAACUGAGAUGGACAAGGGACAGGUUCACGGACGCCAUCCUACCGUUUUCAGGCUUGUCACAUCUCACCACCGGAAACAGGCUUCCUCAGGUCUCUCACCUGUGGCCAACUUCACUUUGUAAGAUACGUAUUUUUAAUUCUUCCCAGGGAAAAUUCACAUCGCUGCAGAUGGAGGCUAAGACAGACCCCCUCACUCCUGCCGAAAAUCGGUAGGGCCUGUGAAAGCACAAAGCUGGAGGCUGAGUUGUUCAGGGUCCCUGCAUUCUCCAACAAAGAAAGGAAUUUCUUAUCGCAAGAGUCUAGGAAAUGGUGCUAUUGUGAAUUAGUUCUGACCCUUUGUCUUUCUGAGUUUUCAGUGUUAAAAUAGAAUGUGUUGAGUGGAGAAGAUUUUAAGAGGCAAGUCAACCAUUGCUUCUCUGUAAAUGAACAUAUUACUGCAAGCAUGCAGAGCCUUCUAAGGCUAUAGCUCCAUAACUGCCAUGGGAGGUUGUGUGGCUGGACUAGGGCUCAUUCUGUUGGUAGCUCAACUUACUGAUGCUAAAGUCUGUUGAUUUUGUUUUUAUAUUUUCCAGCUUUUUAGAAGUUGGAAAGGAGACAGUUGAGUCCAAACCCCAAUUUGACAGCCACGUGCAUUUGAAAAUCUCUCUAGAUUACAGAUAGGCAUUUAUUACUGGCCGUAGAACAUACUAGAUGUAAGAGCUUGGAGAGGACCGAAAUGCAUCACCCUCCCAUGACAAAGGAGGGAGCAGUAGACUAGAGAUGGCUGGAAGUGUAUCUACCUUAAUUUUUGGUAAGUAGAGUUGCAAAUCAUUAAAGAAAAGAGAAAGAAGACAGAAUGAGAGGAUAAACAUCAAGACUCAGGAAGAAUUGUCAUAGAUCCCAUCAGAAAAUGGUACAGGUUAAGUUUUCAAUGAGUAGUUAUAGUUGAAUGUAUACAACCAAAGCUCCCAUUUGAUUGUAAUCUUGCCAAAACGUAAUGGACGUAUAAAUGAACCUGGUGUAUAAGCAAUAAUCUCCAUUAGUGUUUGUUAUCAGCUGCUGUGACCAAGUGGCUGGUUCAUUUGGUUGAUGCUGAUUAUGGCCUUUAACCAUGGUGGUUUGUUUUGUGUUUUCUAUUUCACAAAAAGCCAAUAAAAUUGUUUAGUUAUAAAA